UUUGAAUAAAUCCUGAAAUGUCCCUGUCACCUGCCAGUGGCAUUGGCCGCUUCUACAAGCACUCGGCCAAGAUAAUACGCUUUGUGCGUCUAGGCUGCACGAAUCGUCCAUUCUAUCACAUUGUUGUUAUGGAGCGCCGCAAGAACCAACAUCAGCCUGUUAUUGAGCAGGUGGGCUCCUACGAUCCACUGCCGAAUACAUCGAACGAACGUCUGGUGGCCCUCAAUACGGAACGCAUACGCUACUGGCUGGGCAAAGGCGCACAUAUGUCCGAGCCGGCGGCCGAGCUGUUAGGCAUCGCCGGUUUACUGCCCGUACAUCCGCGCACCUACAUGACCGCCUGGCGCAAUCGCAGAGCAGCAGCAGCAGGAGCGGGAGCGACAGCUGAAACCACUGAGAAAGCCGCGACGGCGUAGUGUGUUGCAUUAUCCAUAUCCAUCUACUCAAUAAAUAGUCAUUGUUUUUUUACAAUUUA